AUGGACUCCGAGUUCGCGAGGAUCGCCAACCAGGCGGAUCGCCAGAAGAUCAUCGACCUCGUGACGAGCGGCUUCAUUAAUUUCCCUACGAUCGUGCUGGCCGAGAGCAUCCCCGAAGUGGGUGAGAAAGCUUCUGAUGAAGACGUAUACGCCGCUGCCAGGGACUUCCUCGCGAUGCUCCGCGCAGUGCCACACGUGCUCGUGAAGGAGAUCGCCAGGCAGGAGAACGUCGAGGAGACCGCCGAGCAGCAGGGGGAGCUGGGCAAGGAGAGCGACAAGGAGAAGGACGACCUGGAGGCAGCGCUGGCGAAAUUCUCCAACCAGUGCACGUGGUGCAGCGCGGACGGCAUGCAGGCCCAGUGCGCGGCGGGGGAGCGUCAGCGCAAGCUCUUAGGGUCUGCAGUAGACGCUGGCUCCAACGAUCGCCAGUGUUUCCGAUUUGCUCCGGCCGACCCGGACAUCUUCGACUUGGCAUCGCGCAGGAUACCUGUCGACCACCAGAAGGAGAUCGUUGAGGGUUACUUUGAAGAGGCGCUCGCCCGCGGAAGGGCCCGCGCCGAUUUCGGCGCAGACGAGGUCGCAGACGAUUCUCGGGAGAUCCACAAGGGCGACGUGCGCAACAGAUAUCACUCCGAGCGCGGCAGUCUGGCCAUUCAUCUGGUGGAAAAGGUGGAGGGCGCGAAGUGCACUGAAGAUGAGUUCGCAGAGUUUUAUCAGCUCUACGACGCACAGACGGACGACGGGGAGCCGAUGCUAGACAGGGGAGGCAUCAUGCGCUGCAUAGGCAAGGAUAAGACGCGCUACGGUGAGUUCGCAGCCAAGGUCCGGGACAUGGGCGCGGCCACGCGAGCCCGAGGGCCGCGGCCGCAAAGGCUCAAGGUCGCGAUGCAAGAGUUCCUCGAGAAGCAGAAGGAUAAGCCGCAGAGCGUCACUCAGGACGAUGCUCGGCGCGCCGAGUUUGCCGCGCGCGCGGCGCCGCACACAGGGCGGUUGACCUUCAAGCCAGGCGCCGACGGGGCGGUCGAGUGCGUGCUCACGGAGGAGCAGAAGGCGCUGGUGCGGGAGAUGCUGAGUGAGAGAGCUUCGACGAUGGAGUACUUAUUCAGCCGGGGAAACGUUUGCGCGUGCUUCGGGAUUCAAAUUCGCAAGUACCGGGCGCUGCUCGCGGCGGCCGGGGCCGACCCGCGCCAACACCGGACGAGUGGCCUCGUCCUUGAGGAAGAGGCGGCGGACCGUUCGGGCGACCCGAGCGUCCAGUACGAGAAGAGUUGGCUGCGGUGGGCAAAGGAGCUCUCGCUGGAUAGCCCCAGCGUCGUGUGCUUCGCCUGCGGCGUCAAGGUCUCCAAGCACCAUUGCAAGCGCGAGUGCCCGUCAGACCUCAUCGCACAGACCUUGCGCGAGGACGCCUCCGAGAUUACCCCGCACAUCUGCGAUUACUGCGUGCGGGCGGAGGAUCGCGGGGCGCGCGUCUCGCGGGAUGCCAUCGACACGGGGAACACGCCGGAGCCGCUUCGAGGACUCACUCGCCACGAGGAGCGAUUGCUCCAGCUGGUGGAGACGAACGUGGUCAUGGUGCACGCGCCCAAGGGCGGCACGGCGACGGCGAAGGGCGGGACCUUCGUGGCGCCGCUGGAAGCGCCGCGCGCCUGCGAGGUGCUCGGCGGCGCCAGCAUGGAGAUCACCGACGGCGUGCUCUGGCUCCGGCCGCGGGGCGUCCCGCCCGGCUGGGCAGUCCCCGUGCGCGCUCAGAAGCUCCUCGACGCGCUGAAGUGGCUCGCGAAGAAUAACGCAUACUAUCGCGACUUCUCCGUGCUGGGCCAGGCAACGGCAGCCAUCAAGGCCCUCGAGACGAAGCUCGCUGAGAAGCUUGCUGACGAUCGCCAAGCGAUCGACCCGGAGGCCGAGGCGGCGGCGCAGGGCGCUUUCGAAGGAGACGCAACGUACUUCACCGCGGGCGGGCCCGCUCCGGUCGGCGCCGUUGUGGGAGACCUCCAGAAGAACCGGGAGUCGGCGGAGAUUCGCCCGGUGACGGAGGCGCUGGCGUUCCCGACGCUGUUCCCGGGGGGCGAGGGCUCCUGCCCCGAAGAGCUCCGCUUCAGCAGCUACGCGUGGCGCCGCCUGCUGGACUGCUGCAAGACCAAGUUCCAGGAGAAUCCGGAUUACACCUUCUACCAGCUCGAGACGUGGUUCCGGAAGAGCUUGAGCAGCGCGACGUCCGUGUUCGUGGGGAAGCGCGAGGUGCCCGGUCGGGAAGCGGCGGAGUGCAGAGCAUACGCCGUGCAAGGUAAAGUGCCCGGCACGACCGCGUUCCUGGGCCAGAAGCGCACCCAUUGCGUCCAGAUGAUGCGCCAGCUCGGGCGCCCUGAUUUCUUCCUCACGCUCACGAGCCACGAGCGCCAGCCGCACAUGCUCGCAGCGUGCGUAAAGGCGCAGCUCUACAACGACAGCCCCGGCCUGCCGCUUGAUCGUGUGGAGAAGACUGUCGCCGCGCAGGUGCUGGCGUACACGAACGACCCAGAGCACAAGUGGGAUGGCAGCCCGCAGUGCGACGAGAAGAUCAAGGGCACGAAUGACGCGGCCGCGGCGUGCGAGAGCGGCUCGGAGACCAGGCGAACUGGGAUGACAGCUCUUCAACUGUGCCAGAAGUUCCCUGCAGACGUCGAGCGCGAGUGGAACCGGCAGUUGGAAAGAUUUCUCAGCUGGAUCACCGAGGCGCGGAAGACAAAGGGAGAGAGCUGCCCGCCGCUUCCAAAGCCGACUCUGCUUCGCGGCACGGAGGCGGCGGACGGUGGCGAAGCGCCCACGGGCGCCGAGGAUGUCGGAUACAUGGAUCUGCUCCGGGGCGACGUCAAGUGGGAUUGCUGGGACGGCAACCUGGACGAAGCGCCCCCCUUCGUCGCGCAAGACUUCGUCAGCCGCGUGGAAUGGCAGAAGCGGGGAUUCCCCCAUGCGCACAUGCUGCUGUGGGUGGGCGACUGGGGGGCCGAGCGCGACGCUCGGCUCGCCGCGGAAGAGGUCGCGCAGCCGCACCCGGACGCGGCCCCGCCCGUGGCCGGUGACUCCAUCUGGCGCGUGAGCAAGGAGCAGUUGGAUCAGCUCCUCUCCGGGAAGGCCAGCGCGGUCGUGAGGCCGCGCGGGCUGAAGGACGCAGGGCGCAAGUGGUUGGCGUGCACUGCGGACGCGGGCGCCCAGAUCGUCGCGGUGGCGCACGUGGCAGGCGCCCGGCAGGUCAUGUCGCAGGACGAGUGGCGCCAGAAGAGUAAGGAGCACGGGAUGAGCCGGCGGACGUGCCUCUACAGGAAGACGUUCCUCGUGCACGUGCGCAUGGUGCAGCAGCUGGCAGAGGCGGUGCCGUACGCCGACCCUGGUGCGCGCGCCUGCGGUGAUCAUGUAUUUCGCCCCACGGACGCAGGGCCGCCGACGGACAGGGUUCUCCUGUUGCCCCCGCCGCGCCGAUACCUUCCCGACUGCGUGAAGGUCAACUGUAUCUGGGACAUCGACGCGGCGCACAUGGACGUCUUGGCGUCUGGCUCCUCCACCGUCGUCGCGCGCCCCGUCGGCGUCGUCGGCGAGGAGCGGAAGUGGCUGGCGCGCGCCGUAGAUUCUGGCGCCCAGAUCGUGGGCUGGACAUCCGCAUCGGUGAACCGAGAGGUGCCGUCCGAGGAGGAGUGGGUCGCCGCCCGAGAGACCUACGGCCUCGUCGAGGACGCCCUCCCCUUCGCGCCGACGUUCCUCGUGGAGCUGCGAGCGCUGCAGCUGUUCGCCAAGCCCGUCGACUACGCGCCACCGCGCGCGGGCUCUGGAGUCGGCGGAGCCCCGCCGCCGCCGCAGCCGCACACGGAACCUCGCGGCGGUGGCGAAGCGGCAGAGCGCGGCGGCGAAGAGGCAGAGGGCGAGCCGCCUGCAGCCCCAAAGCGCCCCGCGGCAGAUUGGCUUGACGGGGCGGCCUCGGAGACGGACGACGAGCUCCUGGGCCCGUCGAAGGUGGACAACGUCGCCAGUAUCUACGACGUCUAUCAGCCGGUGGAGAAGAGCCGAAAGAAGAGUCAGCGAGAGCUCUGGAACAACGGCUCCAAGAACAAGUACUUCGUGCGGCGCCGCAGCGGCGACACGAUGAUGGGCCUGUACAACCCCCGGAUAUUGCGCCGGUGGCGCGGUUCCAUGGACCUCCAGGUCGUCGAGAACUUGCACGCGGUGGCUCGGUACAUUCUGGGCUAUUGCUUGAAGAGCGACACCGCGAAGGACGCCGUGGGCAAGCUCAACCAGGAGAUCGCGAGGGUGCCGGCGACCGGGCCUGUGACGAGCAAGCAAGUGUACCGCCUCGCUUACAUCGGCACUCAGGGCCGCGUGACCUCCACGUUCGAAGCGUGCCACCACCUCCUCGGACUUCCCGUGGUGCGCAUCUCGCGGGAGUUCCAGUGGGUCCAUGCCGGCAUGCCCGAGUCUUACUCGGCCUACGUGCCGCGGCACCUCUGGCGCCAGGCCAUCGCGAACCCGGAGAACGCGCCCGAGCCCACGGCGCCCGCAGUGAUUCGCCGUUAUGCGGAGUGGCGCGCGGGGAAGGUCGCCGUCUUCGACGACACUGGGGAGCAGGUUCCGCUUCUCGUGGAAGGCAGGGCCGCCGAGAACUACGAGUGGGUGAGCCCUCGCGAAGUGACGCUGUUCGACUUCGUGGCGUCCUACUCGACGUCGUACAAUUCCGACCCCAAGCUGAGAGCGCAGCCAGCAAUCGUGUCCACGAAGGCUUUCGACCCCGAGCGCGAGACGGAGGCGUACUAUUACUCCAAGCUCCUCCUGCACAACCCGUGGGCCGAUUUCGACGAGGACGACGGGCCGGAGUGGCUGGAGCCCUCGGACGACGGCAGUCACCAGAGUGCUUUCGUCCGCCUGUCGAAGGCCAGCAAUCAAGGAGAGCACGGCGACGAAGCGGAGGCACCGCCAGACAACGCCCCGGCGCGCGAGGAAGAGGCGGAGCUCCCUGCGCCCGACUUCUUCCUGAAGUCCACGGUCUUCCCGAAGCUGAGCAUCGCGGAGGCCGCGUGGCGGGAGCUGAGGCGGCUCAAUUGCGCCCUCGUCAUGCGGUCCGCCAUGCAGACGCCAGGGGCUGCGGAGGACUGGGAGAACCACCGGGAACUGCUGCGCCGCCUCCGCCUUGCCGCUGGCCGCCCCGACGAGGAGGCCGACGACCCGGACCGAGGCGAAGAUCUGGAGGAGCUGGCGGGCGCCGCGCCGCACGCCAUUAGCGCCUUCGGACCAGUGGCCGGCGGCGACGAGGCCGCGCAGUUGCUCUUCGGCCCCGACGCGCAGAAGUCCAAGCAGCAAGACAUCGUCUACUGGUUCCUGGAGCAGGUGCGCCAGGGCAAUCGCGCCCCCGCGCGCGUCCUUCUCCACGGUCCCGGCGGAUGCGGGAAGUCCGUGGUCGUCCGCGCCGUCGCGCGCCUCUUGCGGACAGAGGGGCACGGCGUCGCGCUCGCGGCGCCGACGGGGUGCGCUGCCUUCCUGAUCAACGGCUGCACCCUGCACUCCUGCCUCCACUUGCCAGUUGAGAACAAGUCCUUCGGCCACGCCUCGGACGCGCCGCCCCCUUCCGGGCCCGCGCUGGAGCACCUCAUCGAGUUCUGGAAGCCUGUCCGCGUGCUGGUGAUCGACGAGAUCUCCAUGGUCUCCUCGGAGAUGCUCGCUCGGAUCGACGCGCGGCUGCAGAUCUACAAGCGCCAGCCGGGAGUGCCAUUCGGCGGCCUUCACCUGCUCCUCUGUGGGGACCUCUACCAGCUUCCUCCCCCGAAGGGCCAGCCCGCGUACGCGGCUGUCCAGCUGUGGAAGAUGUUCCUGCUCUGUGAGCUCGAGGGGAAUCACCGAGCGGCGCGGGACCCCGCUUACGCCGCUCUGCUGGAGAGAGUCCGGAAAGGCCUGCACACCGAGGCCGACCUCGCGACGCUUCGGACCAGACUGCGCAAGCCACCCGCGGACAGCCGCGCGCCGCACCUACUGGCGACCCGGAAGGCUGUCCGUCAGGUGAACGAGGAGAUGCUCGAGCGACACGCGGAGACGCACGGCUUCGAGGUGCACGCCGCGCCCGCGCAGGACACGUCGCACCGCACGGGGCUCCCGGUGGAGGUCGACACGGGCUACGACAAUCCCGAGGACACCGGCGGCCUCGAGUCAGACGCGCGGUUCGCCAUCGGGGCCAAGGUCAUGCUCCGUCGGAAUUUAGACAUCAGCGACGGCCUCGUCAACGGCGCCCGCGGCAUGGUGACGGGCAUCAAGCUCGCGCGGGACUCUGGCGAGGCGCUGAAGGUGCGCGUGGAGUUCGAGCGCGGCGGGCAGGCGUCCCGCGAGGAGGAAGGCGACGCAGAUCUUCCGGGCGUGCUCAUCAGCCCCGUGCAGGGCGCUUUCCAGAACGAGGACGGCGAGCGAAUCCUUCGCCGGCAGCUCCCCCUGGUGCUCUGCUGGGGCCUCACGAUCCACAAGGCGCAGGGCGGCACGGAGACAAAGGGCAUCGCCUUGAGCCUCGACGAGACAGUUCGCCAGCAGUGCCAAGCUUACGUGGGCCUGUCGCGGGUCGAGUGCCUGGCCGACCUAUACCUCACCGCGUUCGACGAGCGCGCCAUCAUCCCCGCGGUUGGCGUCGACCACGCGCUGCUGCAGCUCCGCCCGCAGCAGGGCUACGAGGCGGAGCGGGGCAACGGGCCGAACAAGUACUGGAGAGCGUGCUUCGCGCCAGCGCAGACGGCGCAGGAGCUCGAGGAGGCGAUCGCGAGCGCGCCACCAGGGGCGUUCGCCGAGCGGCAGGCGGAGUUGCUGGAGGCGCGUGCCGCAGAGGAGCGCGGGGACAAGGGCGCGUUCACGUGCGAGUACUGCGGCGAGGGAUGCGGGACGAAGCGCGCGCUCGCCACCCACAAGAGGGAGACCUGCACAGUGGCGAGGAUGAUCCGCGUGCGGAAGCGCCCGGUGGGCGCUCCGCCGCCGCCGCCGCCCCUGGAUCCGGAGGAAGCGCUUGGCGUCUUGUCGAGGAUGGCGGGCGGCGACCGCCGGCAGCGGAUCACGGGGAAGCGCCUUGCCGCUGCCGCGGCCCAGCAGAAGGCGGCCGCUGGGCAGACGCCCCAGGCUGCCGCCCAGCAAGCCUCUGCGGAGACGGAUGCUGGGGAGCUUCCCGACUCCGCUGCGCCGGCCGCGCCCGCGGUGCCGCCGCGCCGGAGGGCCAGGCUUGCAGCUUUGCAGCAGGCACCGGCCAGCGCCGAUGAGUUCGAGGCCGAGGAGCGCACUUCUGCUGCCCCCGAUGCAGAGACGCCGCCCUCGCCGCCGCCGCCGCCCAAGCGGCCCCGUCUCACGAGCCUGGCGCCGGCCGCGAGCGGCGCGGAGGCCGCGGCGGCCCCGCCGCGGCUCGCCGACCUCGCGCAGGCCGCGAGCGGCGCAGAAGAGGAAGCGCAGGCCGCGAGCGGCGCCCAGGCCGCGGGGUCCGGCGUCGCCCGCGAGGCCGCGGGUUCCGGCGCCGAUGGCGGCGCGCGCGCCAACGCGCUCGCCGGGGCCAGCGCGGGGGCACAGAGCGCGGCGGCGCCGCUGACGUGUCAGCCCGGUGGAAGCGCCGCUAAGCAGGCGAUGGGAUCGGCGACGGGGGCCGCGACUGGCUCGGGGCGCGCCGCCUCGAGCGGCCUGGGCGGAGCGCUCGGGCGUCGGCGCCCCUGCGGUUUCCGCAACGUGGGGAACUCGUGCUACAUGAAUUCCCUGCUGCAGGCCCUCUUCCCGCUGGCCCCAGUGCAGCGGAUGAUUGCCGCGACGCUGGGCGCUCUGGGCGACGAGCCUGAGGAGGGCCUGUUCGACUUGCUGCGACAGGGGAACAAGCUGGUGGGAACGGCCAUAGCAGCCUGGCGCGCCCGCGGGGCGCUCGAGCCCGAGCUCUUCCUGGACUGGCACAACGGCGAGCAGGAGGACGCGCAGGAGUUCCUGCAGCUGAAUCUGUUGCAGAACGAUGGCCCGGAGCUCGCGGACCUGUGCCGCGGGAUCGACUGGCCGCGGUUGUCGUGCCCUGACUGCCCUGCUUCUCGAGACGCUACAGGCGCCGAGCCCUUCACGAUUCUCUCCUUGCCGCUUGUGGCCGCGGACGGCCGCCGAGCCUUUGCGUCGGUGCGCGCUGCGCUGGCGGACUACAUCGAGGCUCCGUGCCCGGUGGAGGUGGACGACUGGCAGUGCCCGUGCGCGGGUUUCGUCGCGCACCGUGCCAGCGUGCUGAAGACGCACCGCAUCACGUGCUUCCCGGAGAUCCUCCUGCUUCACCUGGUGCGCUGGGACAGCUUCGGCCGCGUGGUGCCGCACCCGGUGGCAGCCGACGCCGUUCUCGAGGUGCGCGGCCCGGACAGCGUCGGGAUCUUCUCGUUGAAGGCUGUGGUCGUGCACAGGGGCGCCACCGCCCGCAAGGGCCACUACAACGCCUUCGCGAAGUACGACGGCACCUGGUUGCUCUACGACGACGACGCCUCCCGCGUCGCCACCGAAGCUGAGAUCGCCUUCUUCGGCGGCGGGCAGGGCGCCGCGGCGCUGACGAAGAUCUACCUCGCUGUCUACGAGCGGCUCGACGCGGCGCAAUGA